GUCGCAUCGACCACUCCUCCCGUCCCCUUUUGCAAACGCUAACCUUAAGAAGUGCAAGCCUCCCGAUCCAGCGAAAUUUCUUCAGCUGAGCGAGCCGGAAAGGGGAUAAGCAUCGACUCCGCGACCAUGUCAAGAAAAAAGUCCAGGGAGCCCAAAGAGGAGAAUGUGACGCUGGGACCUACCGUGCGAGAGGGGGAGCAUGUUUUUGGUGUUGCCCACAUUUUUGCUUCUUUUAAUGAUACUUUCAUACAUGUCACUGAUUUAUCUGGUAGAGAAACGCUUGUCCGCAUUACUGGUGGUAUGAAGGUCAAAGCUGAUCGUGAUGAAUCAUCUCCAUAUGCAGCCAUGCUUGCUGCACAAGAUGUUGCACAACGAUGCAAGGAGCUUGGUAUAACUGCUUUACAUAUAAAACUCCGUGCAACUGGUGGAAACAAGACCAAGGCACCUGGCCCUGGUGCUCAAUCUGCACUUCGAGCUCUUGCUCGAUCCGGAAUGAAAAUUGGUCGUAUUGAGGAUGUGACACCAAUCCCGACCGAUAGCACCCGCAGAAAGGGUGGGAGAAGAGGGAGGAGGCUGUAGUCAUCUCAUAUGGUUCUUCUGCAACAGCCAUUUAGUUUUUGGUAAUAGAUUUGUAAUUUGAUGACAGCUGUUUUUGCCAUCCAUAGGCUCGGAUAACGUUAGAAACUUUAUUAAUGCUUUUCUAGCCUGAUCCUUUGUUAUGGUAAAGGAGACAAAUUGGUGUGUACCAUCCAAGAAGUUCAUGGAGUUGCUACAAUGUUGUUUUGGGGUGCGCUAUGCUUCUGCUUUUCUCAGGGAUCUUAUGCUAGGGUGCAAAUAAUCAAUGAUUUCUGCUUGUAUUCCUUGUGCAACUAUCAAGCUCUGAAAUCUGUAUGCUGCUGCAGCAUUCUUUGUUUU